ACUUCAUGUUUUGGCGUGUCCAUCGGUGCUCUCUGAACAGGAAAAGGGAGAAAGGAAGUCAGGUUUCUUCUUCCUCGAUACCCAGUUUUACCGUCUCUCUCUUUCUCUUGCUUUGGUUGGUCCCAUCACAGUUUAUUGAUCCUACCAGUUAUGAGCUGCAGCAUAAUCUCUUGUACGGGGGCCAAAGGGGGAAAGAGAGGUGGAGGAGAGCAUAACUUUUAUCUACAGAAGCUUUGAACUUUCCACUCUCUUUCUUUUUCUUUCCGUCUCUCCUUUGGAUCGCUUUUGUUCUCUUCUUGGGGUCAUCCCUUCCUUCGAUUCCCCUCUCCUUUUCUCUCCCUCUCUCUAUUUAUAUCUCUGGUUCACAUGUACAAAUGCACAUACAAGAUGGAUAUUUUCUUGGAAUGAGAAGGCCCAAUAGCAUGCACUUGUCUGCUCUGUAUUGCUGGGAUCAGAUCGCUUUGCUGUUCCAUCUGUCGAUGUUGUUGCGUCUCUCCAAAUUUGAGCUGAAAAAAAUCCAAUUUUUUUUAAAGAUCGAUUUCUCGUAUCUGCUUUCUUGAUAGUUGAACAGUUUGAGGUGAAACCCUGAAGGAGAAAGAGGAGGAAUUCGAAUGGCAGGGAUGGAUCCGUCCAAGUACGCGCACAGCCCAGCCCACAAGGCUGUGCUCGCGCGCGAUUACGCCGGCCUCAAGCGCGUGCUCGCGGCGCUGCCCCGCCUCGCCGACCCCUCCUCCAUCCGCACCGAGGCGGCGUCGUUCGCGGAGGAGGAGAAGGCCGAGGCUAUCUCCGCCGUUGUCGACCGCCGCGAUGUCCCCAACCGGGAGACGCCGCUCCACCUCGCCGUCCGCCUCGGCGACGCUGCCGCCGUCGAGAUGCUAAUGGCCGCUGGCGCGGACUAUAGCCUCCAGAACGAGCAGGGGUGGAGCGCGCUCCAGGAGGCCAUCUGUGCCCGCGAGGAGAACCUCGCCAAGAUCAUCAUCCGCCAUUACCAACUGCUCGCCUGGGCCAAGUGGUGCCGCCGGCUGCCGCGAGUGGUCGCCACCAUGCGCCGGAUGCGGGACUUCUACAUGGAGAUCACCUUCCACUUCGAGAGCUCCGUGAUCCCCUUCAUCUCCAGGAUCGCCCCCUCCGACACCUACAAGAUAUGGAAGCGGGGCUCGAACCUGCGGGCCGACAUGACGCUGGCCGGAUUUGACGGCUUCCGGAUUCAGCGCUCCGACCAGAGCAUCCUCUUCCUCGGGGACGGAUCGGAGGACGGGAAGGUGCCGCCGGGGUCCCUGUGCGUGAUCUCUCACAAGGACAAGGUGGUGAUGAGCGCUUUGAACGGAGCGGGCACGCCCCCCACGGAGGCGGAGGUCCAGCAAGAAGUCGCUGCGAUGUCCCAGACGAACAUUUUCCGGCCGGGGAUUGACGUGACGCAGGCCGUGCUACUUCCGCAGCUGACGUGGAGGAGGCAGGAGAGGUCGGAAAUGGUCGGGCCGUGGAAAGCGAAGGUGUACGAAAUGCAUCACGUGAUGGUGAGCAUGAAGUCCCGGCAGGUGCCGGGAGCCAUGACGGACGAGGAGUUCUUCUCGGCAUGUGAUGACAACGAUACCGAGAGCGAAGAGUUCGAGGACGUCUUGACGGAGGAGGAGCGGAAGCAGCUGGAGAGUGCGCUCAAAGUAAAAUCCCCGGACAUGCUCGACCAAGUCCACUCAGAUGCCUAUGUUGCUCGCCGUCAUAGUUGCAACGAGCCGAGGGAGAUGGCCGUCGAGGAUGCUUGUAGUAGUAGCAGCAGUAGAAAUAGUGAGAAUAGACAAGACAGGAGAAGCUGGUUUGGUAACUGGGGAAAGAGGGGCAGCAAUCACAAACAAGAUGGGCAGAGGAAGGCUGUGCCUCCAAGCGUUAUCCUCGUCGAUUCUCCACCUGGGCAUCAGAGUAGGCCCGAAAGGCGUUCGAUAGAAGUCGUGAAAAGGCCUGCAACGAGCAAAGAGAGCGAGUACAGGAAAGGCUUGAGGCCUAUUCUGUGGCUUUCUCCUGAUUUCCCACUGCAGACGGAAGAGCUAUUGCCUCUUCUCGACAUUCUAGCGAACAAGGUCAAGGCAAUUCGUCGACUGAGGGAUCUUCUUACGACGAAGCUCCCUCCUGGAACAUUUCCGGUGAAGGUUGCAAUUCCAGUUGUGCCUACCAUCCGUGUCCUGGUUACCUUCAGCAAGUUUGAGGAGCUACAGCCAUUGGAAGAGUUCUGGACACCUCCCUCAAGCCCUGAGAGCUCACGGACCCCAGAAACACAGGCAUCAAGCUCCUGGAUUCAAUGGAUAAAGGCACCCUAUCGUCAAGCUUAUGCCGCCUCACCAGGGCCAGGUAACCGUGUGGAGGACGUACAAGAUCCGUUUGGGAUUCCACCUGAUUACACUUGGACCACUGCUGAAGCCAGAAGGAAGAAGACGCAGGAGGGUACGAGCAAAUCGAAGCAGGUGAAGGGCCGGAAUCGGUGAAUGGUCGACGAUCCAUUCCGUCAGCUGAUGACAAGGUGGCCUGUCCAUGCGCUAAGAUUUGUUGGAAUAUUCUUUUGCAAGUUGAACUCUAUUUCUUGGGCAGGCAGUGAUUUAAAGAUCUUGAAAAUUUUUAGGCUCAUAGUCAUGUCAUGCUAAUGAGGAAUUCUCCUCUGUUACUUCUUA